GUUUCAGUCGCGCUCUGAUGAAAAUUGUACUCAUUAUCAAUAAUUCAUCACUUAUGGAUCUUCAAAUAUAACACAAGGCACGGAAAUUGCACGUCCCAUGUACAUACCUCCUACCUAUCUUGGUUGAGGUUCUUCACUCCAAGGAAAGGUGAACUAACUUUUCUUUACUAAUACUGCUUUGUAUUUUGCAUGCUAGCACCUUGUACAUCGCAGGAACCUUUUAGCACACCUAAUAAUCCACUUCCCCUAUCCAGAAGCAAGCCUAAAGCUCCGCCAGUACCAUAUUCCAGGAUAAACAUUCCAGAAACCAUUGAAUGUAUUGAAAGCAUCGAAGAAAGUACACCCGUCAAGAGACUGAGUGCUAAGGUACAAAUUAGCAAAAUUGAUAACGAUAGUAUUGUCGACGAUGUAAUAAAAGAAGUGAUCAGUUUUGAAACAAAUGAAAGCGAUUCCAAUAACAAUACAAUCGGUGGAGCACCAGCAGAUAUAGGCAAAUUAGUCUUGUCUGUUGAGGAGGAGAAACCAAGAAUGUCUGAAGAAAAUCAUACAGAGCAAAACGAAGAAAAAGCUUUGAAGCCACAUGCACCAACCUGUGAAGAAGGAGAAAGAGAAAAACUUCCAACUGUUGAUCUUGAACCACCUCCGAAAGAAGAACUAUUCCAAAACAAUGCUAAAGAUGAAGAUUCAUCUGCCACACAAGAAAUUAAUUGUCCUGAUGAUGGUACUCCUGGUGACCAGAAGUCAAGUCUCUUCCUGGAGUCCACUGAUGAUAAUAAAAAACCCCCAGAAAUAGUCGCGGUGAUACCCAAAACUCCCAAAGAAUCAAACAAGUUUGAUACUUUUGGUAAAAGACGCUUCCAAACAUUGUCUUCACUCAUAAACUCCGUGAACGAAUCAAAAUCUAAAAGCGGAAGUGUUUCCUCUACUAGUACCUCCAUUGCCUCAGCGCUGGAAAACUUCAACUUCAUCGACGACUUUUCCGAUCUGGAUGAGAAUGUUUUUUCAGGAUCGGUUUCUUCCAAAAAAAAGUUUUCCUUGAAAGAAGAAGUUUACAAUCAAUUGUUUGGUAUGCACAACUAUGAGGACGUCAAGUUGGGAAAGAACCAAUCGAUAAGCAGCUUGAGAAGUCUACGGAGUUUGUAUGGUUUCGCCAAUGAAAGCGGCAUGAAAAAGUGGAAGAACACCGAGGAUUUAGAUGAGGCUUCUUUGAGUUCUUUAGGACGUAACAGUGGUAGAUGGGUGGCUGGUGAAUUCUCUGAAUCAGAAUCUCUCACUUCUCAUCAGGCGUUAGAUAGCCUGCCAUCUAUAACGUCUUCCACAAGCAACAUUAUACAAGACGGCAACGAAAAUGAAAACAAACCUUUCGGCUCAACAGAUAGUGGUAUAGCACCCGAAAUCCUUGAAAAGGACCCUGAUGACCCCAGACCAAUAACACCACCUCCACCACCUGCGUUUCUUGAUGAUCCCGUAGUUCCUCCUUCAGAUAUAAUAGAAGAACAAGUACCACCUCCGAUAGUACCAGAAGUCGUUAAGGAAGUAGAAGAUAUAUUGGUAAAAAAACCUGUUCGACAAAGCUAUACAGCAUCAGGGGCAAAACACUCUGAAGAAGCAGAAAGACUGAUAGAAACUGCCCCAAGAAACGAAGAGAACGAUAAAGAUAAGGAAGUUGCUGACAUUGAUUGGCAGUAUCAACUUCCGUCCCCUCCAAGAGCUUUCAGAGACUCCAGUCCAGUAAAUUUUGCAGAUGGAGCCAUCUCUGAAUCUCACUCGGUUACAGACUUCAAGGAUUCUGUCGUGACUUCUCCCGAACUGUUUGAAAAGCUGAAGAACAUCGAAGACGUCCAGUCUGAUAAGAGCACGAUAACUAGUGACCUCACUAGUGUGAUUAGCGAAGAAGAUAGGACCCCUCUGAUGAACACAUUGUCAUUGGAGAACUUGAAGAGGAGGAAAUCUUUGGUAUAUAAUAGGGAGUUAGCUACUAGCCUGAAGAUGAGCGAUAUUGAAGAGAAACGCGACAGCUCCGAGACGUUUUCCAGUUCCCUAACGAAAUUCGAGAGUACAUAUAAGGAGAUUCAGAAUUCUAGUCAACGAAAACCGGUUGCUGAAUCAAAAUUUAUUCAGACGACCACCACUACUGCACAAACGCAUACCCUGCCUAAUUUCAAGAUUUCUACCUACGACCAACCUAAGCAGAAGAUAAAAGUGUUCGAGGACGAUACUGUCAGAAGUAAUACAGACGAAAUUGAUAGACGUCAGAAGAAAAAUACGAAUUUGAACAGGUCCUACGUUGGACAUUCCAUGGAGAAUAUAUCUGUCAGGAGAAACAGUAUUGAUGAACACUCAAGUUACUCGAAUGAAGAUAGGGAGUACACUUUUUUCAAAAAUGGGAAAACUGUAGGUAUAAAUCACGGCCCGUUUUCCAGCGUAUUCAGAUCGGAAAAAGAAAACUGGUCACCAUCUAAGCCAGUUCUCAGAUCAAAGUCUCAUUUGACUCUGGAUGCUUUCAAAUACAGGACAGAAAGGAGAGAUAGUGGCGAAGAGGAGAUUUCUAGGAGUAAUAGUUUCUAUGAUGUUUCUGGUCUCCAGAGCUUAGGGGUGAUGAGAAUGAUCCAAAACAAGCUCAACACUCCCACUACUUCCAUGGAGAACCUCAAUGUUCAAGAAAGACAACGAAAACCUUUCGUGAAGCUAGAAAUUAGAGAAGAACCCCCUAAGAAGUCACUACCAAAUGAAAAUAACAAGGAACAGCAGCAAAUCGAACAGACAAUUCCAGAAACUAUCCAAACUCCACAGGAAUCCAAAACCCCAGAGGAAACCACCAAGAACCUGACAGAAACUACGGAAAUCUUAAAAGGAACUCCUCAAAAACCUCCAGAGACCAUUGAAAAACCACCAGAAAAAACGUACAAGUACAGAGGUCCUCCAACAAUCAACAUGGGAACCUGGUCCGAGAGACCAAAGGUGCCAGUAAGUGUCAAGGAAGAUGCAGACUAUACUCUUGGAAAUGUUUCUUCGAAGCUCAUAGUCAAUACCACGAAUAACAAUAUAACAAGCAAUAACAGCAUCGAAAUCAAAAGUAAUAACCCAACAAACGACACAAACGCUUCGGAUAAUAGCGUCAGUAUCAAGGUAAACGGCACCGAACCUAUCAAGCAAGGUAAUGUAGUUAUUAAAAUUGGAGACCUCAACUCACAAGGUCCUAAGGCAAUCGACAGUCGCAGGUUCAUCAGCCACACGACAGCUACAGGCUACAGGAAACCGUUUUCUACCUCGGGGAAAAAUCAGAGGCCACACUCCGUUGCUUUUGACUCCGAUUUCGACAUUUCUAGGGUACCUGUGGUGAGGUCAGUUGAACUCAAGAAGCCUUUCAAAGAUUUAGGAAACACUUCAGUAACGCAGCUGAAUCGGGAUGAAUCAGUGUCUGGGUUGAGAAAUAAGUUUUCAAGCAUGUAUAGAAGUUCAGAAAAUUUAUCCAGUAAAACAUAUCUCAACCAAGCUAAUAACACUGAAGAAACCAAGCCUGCUUCAAGAGUUAUCAGUUUUAAACCCACCCCCGCUCCUGUUGUGAGAGGGUUCAAAACGAACAACGAAACCAAUUGGGCAAAUAGGCUGUCUUGGAACGUGCCCAAUAGCUUCAACACCUUACCCAGCAAACCAAGAGAUAGGGAAAGCUUCGCGACCAAUACCCAAGUGGGUUUUUCUCAGAAUAAUUUGCGAAAGACAGUGGAUUCCAAUAAAAUCUUUGAGAGAGAAUCCAACGCCUUAAAUGGAAGGCUGGAAAAUAAUUUCUCUGCUGAUAUUAUCAAAGCUCCUCCUCCUCCACCACAGAUGCAGAAAGUGGUGUUGAAAAAGUCAGUAGUUAAGCCUGUGGAGCCUGUGAUGGACCAAAGGGAUCAGCUGUUAUCGGCGAUUAGGAAUUUUGGGGGUAAAAAGGGGUUGAAGGCUGCGAAAGCUUGAGUAGCAAAUAUAUACAUUUUGUACAUAUUAACUAUACUCUUUAGUCAUGUGUUUGAAGCUCAAUGUUAUAGACUAAUUUUUGUAGCGUGUGUAAUUAUUUAUAUUGUAUUAUGCAGUGUAUUGUGUAAAUUUUAAUACUUCACCACCAGGAAUUGGUUUGUGCAUGUAUUUCCAUCUUGUUUUAUAAUUUGCAAGACUCGUAAUGUAUAGGGACCAAAGGUUUUGUGGAUUAUUUCUAUUUAUUUGUUAUAUACUCAUAUUCUAUUGUUUUCAAAUUAAUAAAUUAUUCAAUUACCAA